AUGUUCGAUUUUGAUAUCAUCCAGCUGAGGCGCAGGAGGAAAUUUCCGACACAAGAUGAGACUUCCAUCCUCAAGCUCCUGAAUCCGGAUGACCCCCAAGACGUACCUCGUGCCAUCGAACUUAUGCAAGCUAUAAUCACCCUUUCCAAAGACGAAUUCAACACCGCAACAAUGACCGCCGGUGAAUGUGCAGACAUUGCGGCCAUCAAAAUUCUUGGAGCUAUACUAGAAUCAAUCCUCCUCCCAUUCAUUGAUAUCACGCUGUCGCUGCACCAACAGAUCACUCAUCUUAGUCGCUAUGCGCAUCUCACGUUUACGUUUUUCCGUUUGCACCGCUCCGCAUUCAUGCCACACGUUCUCUAUUACGACUCACAGACGAUGGUGAAAAACACCUGCUUUUGCAUUGCAAAGCAGCAGAAACUUGACGGGUCGCAGAAGUUUUGGCUCAUCCAGACUGGUGAUGAUCAUCUGGAGAAGCUAUUUGGUAUCACACGAAUGAGGGGCCAGCACAAUUCCGCCAUGAACUAUUCACAGGCACUCGAUCACAUCGGCGCCGCCAAGGAUAUCGAUACCAUCUUCAAGAAACACCCAAACCUUGAGUCUGGCUCGCGACGACUCAAAAUCACCCGUGUCGAAGGACUCGAUCAUAUUCACCAUGAUCUGUGGGUUGGAGAUGUGGUCGCAUCACAUUGUGACGAGCCCCUUCAGUGA